CUCAGUCAGAUUGAAAUUUGAAUUUCAAUCUGCUGAAUUCAGCUCGCCUGCCACAGAUUCUUCAUUCAGUGUAAUGUUUACAGGCGGAUUUCCAUCCCUCUCCUCUUCUCUCCGGUCACACACACCGACCCCGUUUGAACCGCCGGCGCCGUCUCAUCUCAUCCCUCCUCCGAUACCACCCGUCUCAUGGCGGUGUAACACUUUGAAUGCUUGUGUUUGUGUGUGAGUGCGUGUGAUUGGUUGGGUUUUUUUGCCUCGGACUGUCGUGCGAUGCCAUUACUCCCUCAGGACGCGGAGCGAUUCGAUGGGCUGUCUCUACUCUACUGGAUGAUCAUGGGCCCGCAUGGCAUCAACCGAGCCGUACAGAGGCUGGAGUUCUGCGACUGCAAAAAGGGACUCGGUGUAAAGAUAAUUGGAGGUUACCGAGAGCUGACAGGGGAAGAGUUCGGCAUCUAUAUCAAGCGGGUGGUAUGCGGAGGGUUGGCAGCUCAGGACGGUCGGCUUAAGUCAGGUGACCUGAUUUUGGAUGUCAAUAACAUCAGUCUGAUAGGAGUGACCAAUGAGAGGGCGGUGGAGAUCUUGAGGACAGCCUCGCUCUCUAAUCACAUGUCCCUGCUGGUCGCCAGAGACGACGAAUCCAGGAGGGAGUUUGCGGAGCUGAUGGAAAAGUACGGCUCCAAUAAUAUCACAGCUUCAGGACGAAUCUCCCCGACUCAGGUCUCCACAGGGAAGCUGACAGAAACGGCCUCUUCCUCCUCCUCUUCCAGAUCAGAGAGCCCCCAGCUCCUCAGUCCUAAAGAGGGGGUCACCGCCUACACCCAUGCCCCCCCGUACACCGCCAACCCCGCCUACACCAUGCACGCGCCCACACACGCCUUCAGUGACAGUGUCAUUCAGUUGAUAUGCGUUGCCAAGGGAACAGGCCUGGGGCUCGUCAUCAAGGGCGGAGCUAACCGUGCAGAAGGACCAAUGGUGUUCAUUCAGGAAAUAGUGCCUGGAGGAGACUGCCAGAAGGAUAGCAGGCUGCAGGUCGGGGACCAGCUGGUGUCCAUCAACAAAGAGUCCCUAAUCGGAGUGACGUACGAGGAGGCCAGGAGUAUCCUGACACGCACCAAACUCAGACCAGACCCCACUGUGGAAAUUGCCUUCAUCCGGCGGAGGUCGUCUUCCAGCUCCAGCAGCGGGCCUCACAGCCCCAUCUCCCUCCAGGGGUCCAGCUGUGGAGGCGGUCCCCAUACAAGGCCCUCGGGGCAGGGCGCCACGCCACCUCAGCCUGCCGUGGUCACCAGGAUCACUUCCAGUCGAAACCCUGCCAGCGAGACUCUGCCGGCAGUCAACGUCAGCCAGGUGCGAGUGUCUCCAGCCAGAACAGAGCAGACACAUGUCUCCUCCCCACCAAAGAGCGAAAGCAUCACUGACUCUAACCCCGAAGCUGCCAGCAGUCAGUCUCAGCAGAGGAAAUGUUCCCUGAGCACCAGCUGUCGCCUCAAACUGGAGAGGUUGGAGCAGGCUCUGGAUCUGCUCGGUCUGAAGCCCUCAGAGGCUCAGUGGCAGGCGAUCAGGUCCAGACUACGAGCUGAUCCGGCUGGGACGGUGGCCUUCGCAGAGUUUGAGAGUCUGAUCAGGGAGCUGUUUAAGCCUCAGCUGGAGGAGUUGGCCGGCACCCAGCCGGGGUCGAGGUUCACAUCUGAUGACCUGUCCAGUUUGUUGGAGUCACCUGUCAACCCACAGCCGUCACUGUCAGACUCAGAGGACCUGGAGGAGAUGGAGAGGCUGAGGAAGGAGCACAUCGAGGCUCUGAGGGAGAUCAAGAGGCUGCAGGAGCAGCUGGUCGAGUCUCAGAGAGUUCACCUUCAGACGGAGGAGGAGCUCAGCAAAGUCAAACAGGAAGUGAAACUCGGCGUGGAGGAGAGCCGGGCUCUGAGGACUCGGAUCCAGCUGGCCGAGGCGGCUCAGAAGCAGGCGAGGGGCAUGGAGAUGGACUACGAGGAGGUGAUCCACCUGCUGGAGGCCGAGAUCGCCGAGCUGAAGACCCAGAGAGUGGAGCAACCGGCGCAGACCAAUAAGGAGGACACGGAGGAGCUGAAGAAGAGAGUUGCCGUCCUGGAGUGUCAACUACGGAAGAGCGAAGCGGCCAAAAAGGGUUUUGAGAUGUCAACAGGAAAACUGCUGAGUUUUGUGGAGAACGUUCAAGAGUUCCUGCUGGAAAACCACGGACCCACGAAGAGCUACAGCUCCGGAGACGUUAAGGUCGGAGCGUCAUCUCAAGGCCUCCCUCCUCGCUACAAGAAGAGUCCCUGGACUUCGGCUACGCUCGCCCAAGAGGCCAAGGAGCUCACAAGGACUGUCAGAGCCAUCCUGGAGGUGGACUUGCUGACCUUCUAGAGGACCCGACUGUAGGAGAACAAAGUCAGCAAGGCUCUGAGACGUCGGCAGGAAAUCAACAGCCAACCGUGAACCCGAACACUUUCUUCCCUGACAUCUCCUCAGUACCUGCUAGCAAUGGACUCUUAUCUCUGCAUGAAACACUGUUUUGUUUCUGUCAAUCAGCACAUAUCACUGCACAGUUUCUGAAUAGUCAGUACAAACUAAACAGUGGUUUUAUUCCAGCAGUUUAACCUGAAUAAUGUGGAAAACAAACUCAUUGUACAAGUUAACAGUUUUUAAUGGAUGCUCGUUUCUCAAACUGCAGUUUUAUAUGAAAACAUUGCUUGAAACAAUCAGUUCCUGUUUUACAGUAUGGAGGAGACCAUUGUAAAGUUAAUGGACUACAUGAACGUUUAAGCAGUUUGUCCAUUGGUCACUUUAUAAAUUAAGUGAUGAGAGUAAAAACUGUCAGGUGACAGGAUGUUGAUAAAUUUCUUCCGUUGACCGAUUGCAAACUGUCUUGAGUCCAAACGGAGGAAGCUGCUGUAGCUGAACUGUUAGUAGACAGGAUCCAGUGGUCCAUCUUGUCAAUAAACUGUAACAAGUUCCAGUACAAGAAAUCAGAAGCUCAAUCCAGGUUAGCCAUUAGCCAUUGUUAGCAAUACCGGUUGAUACCAACGCAUUACGCUGUGUUUUAUACAUAAACAGAAGAUGGACAGUAAUGAGACACAAUAGAGCUAAUAAACAGAAUUCAGCUUUCACUCAGUUUUCAAGUCAAGGUUGGUGAGGUUCUUCGGACUUUGAUCUUGGAAAUUCCGACUUUGGAGUUAAAAUGGAUGCACCAUUAUUGUCCCAUGGGCUAACGAGGUAACUAGCUAACCAGCUAGUUCAGGACAAGGGCUGUGGAACCAGUAGGGCCCAAACAUCAAACAUGUAAAACAUUUAAUUGCUCUGUAGCCUUUUACAUACAGUCUAUGGUAGCCACAUAUACCAUAGUGUGUGCCUAUGAUGAAGCAAUAAAUUCUGCUAUCCAAAAUGCUAAUUGUGUCACAUAUAUCAAACCUUUCCCAUUCAAAUGCUAGCGGCCUGACACUGCCCUACUCCACCACUUCGUUAGCUUUAAAGUUUUAAAUGAUAAUCAAGGAGUGUAAAGAUUUACUGAUAUGAGUCGGUUGUAGAUGCGACUACAUCGGUAAGCGGACCCCUGGUUGGAUCUAAAUGUACCAAGAAACGGUCGAUGGUCUGAUUCUAAAGUUAUGAAUCUGUUGACUGAAGCUUUGCUGCUAACAGCGUCUCCACUCUCAUGAAAGGUAAAAGGUCAACACCAGGGUCUCGCAAUGAGACAAAGUCCUGUGGAUGCUAACACAGCUAGCACAAGCAAGAACUUGCAAUAUAUUAAACACUUUUCAGCCACGACUGAGCCCCAACAGGGCGAGGUCGAAGGUAAUCACUGCAGGAAGUCGUAGGAUUCGCUGGUAUUUUAUAAAAUGUAUAUAUUUGAAGGUAAACACUGUCACUUUUAUAGAAUUGGCUUAUUUUUAAUUUAGAAUGUAAAAUAAAUGUGUACAUUAAAUAAAUGUUAAGAACUGUA